AUGCAGACGAAGUGCGCUUGCGUUGGCGCCGGCAUCGGUUGCCCUUGCUCUGCUAGCCAAGCCGCGCGCGAGAGGCGCCGCAACGUCAGGCGCAAGGGCUUAGCCCUCGGCUCCCAGGACGUGAUCGCGAGGACCGAGGGGGCCAUCAAGCAGAAGCUCUUCGCGGUGCGCUACGCCCACCUGGUGGCCGGCUACUCGGAUCCCUUGCUCCACAGGGGUCGCCUCUGGAGCACGCUGGCAGGGCUGAAACGCUGGCAGGGGCCCGAGACCAAGCGGAAGAAGCCCGUCACGCCAGCCAUGCUCGAAUGGCCCCGCGGCUUUCUCCAGCAGGAAGCCAAGCUCCCCGAGGAGGAUGCAGUGGUCAUCUGGGCGGCCGUUGUGACAGCGUUCUUCUUCCUCCUGAGGGCUUCAGAGUACCUCCUCCAGGGCGGGAGCUCGUGGUCCUUCGAGCGCGUGCUGCACGGGGAGGACGUGGGGCCCAGGAAGGAAGGGAAGCGAGUGGCCAGCUUCCAGGACGCCGACGAGAUGGUGAUCUACAUCAAGGGCAGCAAGACGGACCAGCUCAACGUCGGGACGGUGAGGAACCACUACCGCGCCGGCACGACGCUCUGCCCGAUCACGGCGAUGGAGCGGCUCCAGGCCCCCGACAUGGCCUAG